AAUGAGAGGAGAAAAGCGUCUUUUUUGCAAAACGAGCAGCAGAUCACAUGUAGAACAUUAGAAACGGUUCAGAGUGAGGUUACACAAGGAAACAAAGCUCAACUCUUCCAACCACGUGCAACGAGAGCGGGAUCAGUAAUGUCUCCUGUUAAAAAAAAAGGGGUGGUCCCAAUGUACUAUAUUUAUACAGGACUGAGACAAAAAGUCCAAUCACAAGUUGGAAAGGCUGCAAACCGCGGAGAAGAAUCUCCCUCAGGCUCCCGAGAUGAUCUGUGUGGAGCCCAGGGCAAUGCUUUUCGAUUAGAUGGGACACCGGCUCGGCGCUGGAGGGGUGGACAUCUUUCAGUCCCGGCUCGUCCCCGAUGCUCAGGGAAGGUCUCAGCCCUCGGUCGAACGAUUCAAACAGGAGCGAGUCACCGGGGGAUACUGUGCUGUGCCUUUGCUUUGUGGCCGGGGGUGGGGGGGAAAGAGAGGCAUCGCUGCUCAGGGAGCGACUGUCCCGCGGACCCUGACGGUGGAGGGCUGAUGGCUCAAAGUCUGGGACCGACCCCCAGCCCCUCAACCCAUCUCGCCCAGAUCCUGUGCUGCCUGGUGCUGGCCGCCUGUGGGGAAGCAGGAGGAAGAAGCAACAAAUUGAAUCCAGAGUAUCAAAUGCACAAUCACAUCAUAAAAUAUGAAACAAUAGUACCCCAGUGGCUAACCUCAGGACCAUUGGAACACCCUCCAUCUCAGAACCAGCAUCCAGCCUGGGCCGAGAUUCAAGUCACAGCUGAAGGAAGACAUUAUAUUCUCGAGAUUCAGAAAAAUGAGCAACUGAUGGCACUGGGUUAUGCUGAGACUCACUACAGCCCAACUGGAGAGCAAAGAACAAGCUACCCUGACCACAAGUCACACUGUUUGUACCAUGGCAAUGUGAAAGGCUUCAAAUACUCCAGCGUCGUACUGAGCACAUGCAGAGGACUCCGGGGUUUGAUCAUUCUGAAUAUGAACCUCAGCUACUUGGUGCAACCCCUUGAAGAUAGCCUUGACCAUCACCUAAUCUAUAGGACUGAACACCUAAAACUGAAAGGAGGGACAUGUGGACAUCAAGAGAGCAAACGUGAGGAAAAUUGGGUCAAAGAUUUCACCCGCCAAUUUCAUCCAGAACAUCAUCGGGAAAAGAGAGAUGUGGUGAAGGAUAUGAAGUAUGUGGAGCUGUAUGUUGUGGCCGAUUAUGCUGAGUUUCAGAAGCAUAACUGGGACCUGGAGAAGACCAAACUGAAAUUGAAGGAAACUGUGAACUAUGUUGAUAAGUAUUACAGGUCUCUGAAUAUCAGGAUUGCCUUGGUUCAUCUGGAGGUGUGGACUCAUGAGAACAAGUGUGAUGUGAGAGAGGAUCCCUACAUCACACUCUGGUCCUUUCUGAAGUGGAGGCGGCAGACAUUGACCCGAAAGAAGCAUGACAACGCACAAUUAAUCACGGGGACCUCCUUUAAUGGCACGACGAUUGGUUUUGCACCUCUGAUGGGCAUGUGCUCGGAUUACCAGUCAGGGGGGAUCAAUAUGGAUCACUCUGACAGUGCGAUCGGUGUCGCUGCCACCAUGGCACACGAAAUGGGACACAACUUCGGGAUGAGCCACGAUGCUGAUGGCUGCUGUGCGGCCCGUCCAGAGGAUGGAGGAUGCAUCAUGGCUGCAGCCACUGGUGACCCAUUUCCAAAAGUCUUCAACAAGUGCAAUGAGAAGGAACUUCAAAAAUAUCUGAACAAUGGUGGAGGGAUGUGCCUGUUCAACAUGCCUGACACAAACACUCUGUACGGAGGGCGAAGGUGCGGGAAUGGCUAUGUGGAGCAAGGCGAGCAGUGUGACUGUGGAGAGGUUGAGGAAUGCAACAACCCCUGUUGCCAUGCCAAUAACUGCACCUUGAAAAGAAAUGCAGAGUGUGCCCAUGGAAUCUGUUGUGAAAAGUGCAAGUUAAAGGCCUCCGGCACUGUCUGUAGGGCCUCGUCGGGACCAUGUGACCUACCUGAAUAUUGCUCUGGCAGCUCGGAGUUCUGUCCGGCCAACUUUUACAAAAUGGAUGGUGCCAGCUGUGAUGGAGGUCAGGCCUAUUGCUACAACGGGAUGUGUCUAACUUAUGACAGCCAGUGUGUGCUGCUAUGGGGUGCUGGGGCUCAGGCUGCUCCAGCGGAAUGCUUCAAGAUGGUGAACAGCGCGGGGGACACGUACGGUAACUGCGGCAGAGGCCCCGGGGGAAGCUACCGCAAAUGCGAGACCAGGAAUGCCAAAUGCGGGAAAAUACAGUGUCAAAGUGCAGCGCAGAAGCCCCUGGAUGCAAAUGCAGUUGCCAUAGACACCACGAUAAUCUUGGAAGGGAGGAAGGUGCAAUGCAGAGGUACUCACGUGUACAUGACUCCAGAGCUGGAAGGGGACAUGCUGGAUCCAGGGCUGGUCAUGACUGGAACAAAGUGUACUGAGAAGCAUAUAUGCUUUGAAGGACAGUGUCAGAAUGCUUCGUUUCUGGAGGCGGAUGAAUGUAUCGCAAAAUGCCACAACCAUGGGGUUUGUAACAACAAGCAUAACUGUCACUGUGAGGCGGGCUGGGCACCUCCAUUCUGUAACAAGCCUGGGUAUGGAGGCAGCGUGGACGGUGGAGUUGGAGCGCCAGACUACAACAGCCUGAUUGUGGUGGGAAUUGUGGUGCCAAUUGUAUUGUUGCUGUGUGGCAUUGCAGUAACUCUGCAUUACUGCUAUCGACGAAGAAACAACAUCUGUCCGAAGGACAUCAAGAACUUAGGGCCUGAUGACAAACAGUUCUGUGAUAAUAACGUGGACCAGAAAAUUAAAAACGGCCACUCAAACCCAACCUUCCAAAUCAGAAACAAAGAUACAAAGAGUGGACAACAGCAGAGUCCUGCACUGCCUCAAAAACCAGUAUUACCUCACUCUUUUCAUUCUCAGCGUCCUGUUUUAAUACUACCAAGCCUUCGGCCUACCUGUCCAACCAGUGACGAUCAGCAGGACAGCAGAGUGCCCACCCCUGUUGCAGCACGGGUUCAGUCUCCAGCAUCUUUAGAAUAUGCCAAUAUUAAACCCUUAAAACAAACACCUCCGAAUAGACCCUUGCCAGCGGAUCCACUCCCAAAGACUUCAAAGGUUUUGCAGAGAGUGGCAGUGUUAAACAGUAGCCCUAGCCUCCAGAUGAAUAAUAGAACUGUUCAAGAGAAACUACAGGACAACAUGGCUCAUUUUGAAACCAAACCAUACAAAAGGGACCACAUACAACCCGUGCCACAGAAACUGAGGAGAUAAAGGCUUUGGAGACUGGAACUCUUCAAGAGCCGCUUGCACUAUUCUGAUCUCUGUCCUCCUAGAAUCUCUCGAUAUCAAUGCUAAGUGAACAAUGAAUGUGAUAUCCAGUUCAAUGGCACCCUAAAUAUAUUGGAAUCACCCCAUUUGUUUAUUUUUUAAAAUGAGCACGGUCAAACUUGCAAUCCAAAACAAUUCAUCUCAAGUAAUUCGUUGGAUUAGCAUUUUCAGGAGAUGGGAACAAAUUCCUCAGGAACUUGAAAGACCACUUUUUGUUUCCAUUCAAUCGUUGUGUGCUAAAAAAUGCAUUAAUCCCUCUGGUGACAGGAUUCAGUGGGUUCCUUCCAGGUCCUUAUGCCCACCAACAGAUUCCAGUCUGCAGGCCUGAGCCCGAAUGAUGCAAUUUGACAAGUUAUUUGAUAUAAAGGAUUCAUACACUCUACGUGGAUUGUUCAACCUCCAGUUCUUGUAUUCAGUUGAAUUAAGAAAACUGAGCGAUGAUAAGAACAAGGUGCGUAAAAUGCUAAAGCCAUUCAACAGAACAAAAUGUCAUCUCUGGUGAGAGGAUUGAGACCAAGCGGUCAUCAUCUUCUAAAUGCUGCCCAUUUCCAAGAAGGGUCAGGGGAUAACCAUCGGAAGUGAAGGAAACUCUCUUAACAUCCCAGAAGUAGUGAUAAAUAUGGAAAUGAUCAGAAGGGAGGAACUCAGGAAACUCUUAAUCACCAGGUACUGGACAGAUUGUCCAAGCUAUGGGCUGACAAGUGAGCGGGUCUUGGUAGACUUAGUCGUAGGGUCUUAAAAGAAGUGGCUAGUGAGAUUUUGGAAGUUAGUAUUGCAAAACUCCAUUAAUUUGGGAAAGGUCCCAAACAUAGGGAGGAUAGCAAAUAUCACUCCUUUCUGUUUCCCUCUCUUUCUCAAUAAAGCAGAAAACUACAGGCCAGUCAGCUUAACAUCUGCCAUAAGGACAAAUGUUCGAAACUCUUUUGAAAUAUGUUACUGCAGGACUCUGAGAUCAGAUUGAGGUAUUCAAACAGUAUGUCAACAUCAUUUUGUGAAAGGCAAAACUGCAACCUAUUGGAGUUCUUUGAGGAAAUGAUGCAUUGUAGGUAAAGGGGAGCCAGUGGAUACGAUGUGCUUGGAUUUCCAGAGGGCAGUUGGAGGAACAUAAAUACUAAUUGUGUGUGUGUAAUAUAUUGAAAAGAUAGAAGUUGGGUUGGCUAGUGGGAAGGCGAGAGUUAGCAUAAAUGGGUCUUUUUCAGAUUGGCAAGAUGCAACAUGUGGUAUGACUACAGGGAUCAGGCCUCUACUGUUUGCAAUUUAUAUAAAUGACUUGGGUGAAGGGAUUAAAGGUAUGGUUGCCAACUUUGCAGGAGGUUGGAAAUAAGUAAGUUACAAAAAAUAUAGAUGGGUUCAUUCAGUUAUCAAGAGGUGGCUAGAUAUAGCACUUGGGAUCAAAGGUUAUGAGGAGAAAGGAGGAUUAGGCCAUUGAGUUGAACGAUCAGCCAUGAUUGUGAUGAAAGGCAGAGCAGGCUCGAAGGACCGAAUGGCCUCCUCCUGCUUCUAUCUUCUAUAUUUCUAUGUAUAUGACAUGGGAAACAUGAAAUUGUCCUUUUUCGGAAGGAAGAAUUAACAGGAAGCACAUUAUCUAAGGGAGGAGAGAUUGCAGGAGGCAUCUGGAUGCCUGUGUGGAUAAAUUGCAAAAGGCUAUGUUCAGGUAUAGCAAGUGAUUAGGAAAGCUAACAGAGUGUUCUCAUGUAUUGUGAAGUGAAUUGAAUACAAGUGUAGGGAGAUUAUGCUUCAAUUACAUGAGACACUGGUGAGACCAUAUCUGGUCAACAGUAUUGAUUCAAGGAAGGAUAUAAACUCAGUGGAAGCGAUUCAGAGAAGAUUUGCCAUUGACCCAAAACUGAACUGGACCAGCCAUGUCAAUACAAUGGCUGCAAGAAUAAGUCAAAGGUUAGGCAUCCUGCAGCAAGUAACUCACCGCCUGACUACUCAAAUCAAGGUGGCUUAGUGGUUAGCACUGCUGCCUCACAGU